ACUUCUGGGUGUGAGGGGAAGGGUCUUGGGUACUCGGAGUCCUGAGCCUGGAGAGAUGAUGGUUAAACUUCUGGGAAUCAAGUAGAACUCCUGAGUCCUUGGCACUGACGUAUGUUGAGUGGAGGGUCAGCAUGCCCUGCUCCGGGUUGGCGAUGCUGGAGGUGGGCCUUGGACCAGAGAAAAUGCUUUAAUUAAGUGACAAGCGGGCAGAGGCCUCUGUUCCAGGUGCCGGCCGCCACGGGCGCUGCUGACGGCACGGGAAGCAGACCCUGUUCCCCUCCAGCCUCCGGCGUUGGAAUGGCUGCCGCCGCGCGGUGCAAGUCUGGAAAGUAGCAGUUUGGCACGGGACCCUAGAAUUCUCCAAAAGGAGCCACUAGGGCCUGGGAUUCUGGAAUUUAAGUGUGGACGGGGUGGUGGGUGCGAGAGCGGAGACCCUGGUGGGCGCGGGGACACCUGCAGGCUGGAGGCCCCCGCGAGCUCCCGCGGCAGCCUGGCAAACAGGUUCUCCAUCCCCGGGGAGGACGCAGCAGGGGCGGAGAAUCGCCCCGCUCGCCGGGACCAGGUGCGGGGGCCCUGCCCAGCCGCUGGGGCGUGGCCAGGCUCGAGGUACCCAGGUGCCUGGGGCCGACUCUAAGCCCUGGCGCCGGGAAGGAGAGGGCGGCGGAUUGGACCUCCCGGCUCCAGCUUUGCAGCUGGGCGCGCGGCCUCCGGGUCCACGCAAGGAUGCGGCGGCUGCUUGGAAGCCAGGUAGGCUGCCCGGGGUGAAGCUCUCGUGCAGGUCAAUGCCGGGACGGCGGGGCCGGGCGCGGUCCCUUGCAUGCCGGAUCUGGGCAGCGGUGGGUCCAAGGGCCAUCGCCCUAGCCCGGGGCGCUAGGGCUCGGCGUCAGGGGAGGGGCGGGGCUCCAUCUUCUUGGCACCUGCCCGGCCCGGGAGGGCGGAGGCUGCUAACCUCCCGGCCGCGCCCCCUCCUUCCUCCCCUCCCCAAGCCCUCGCUGCCAGUCCGGGCAGGCUGCUCGGAGGGGAGGGCUGCGGGGCCGGAGAGCCGGGCGCCUGGCGUUCCGGGGGCCGCCGGAUAUGGCCAGCCUUGGUGGACGGCGCGCUCUGGCCACCCGAAGCGUGGAUCUGCCCCCUUCAAGGAGCUCAGCCAUGUGGCCACUGAGCCAUCGUCACCUCUGUCUGGCCUUCCUGCUAGUCUGUGUCCUCUCUGCAAUCUCCUUCUUCCUCCACAUCCACCAAGACAGCAUUCGACACGGCCUAGGCCUGUCGGUCCUGUGUCCAGACCGCCACCUGGUGACACCCCCCGUGGCCAUCUUUUGUCUGCCGGGUACCCCGAUGAGCCCCAACACCUCCUCUCCCUGUCGCCAGCACCCUGCCUCCCUCUCCGGCACCUGGACGAUCUACCCCGAUGGCCGGUUUGGUAACCAAAUGGGGCAGUAUGCCACGCUGCUGGCCCUGGCCCAGCUCAACGGUCGCCGAGCCUUCAUCCUGCCCGCCAUGCACGCCACACUGGCCCCGGUCUUCCGCAUCACGCUGCCCGUGCUGGCCCCAGAGGUGGACAGCCGCACGCCCUGGCAGGAGCUGCGGCUUCACGACUGGAUGUCGGAGGAGUACGCAGACUUGGGGGAUCCUUUCCUGAAGCUCUCCGGCUUCCCCUGUUCCUGGACUUUCUUCCAUCAUCUCCGGGAACAGAUCCGCAGCGAGUUCACGCUGCACGACCACCUUCGCGAAGAGGCGCAGAGCGUGCUGCGGCGGCUCCGCCUGGGGCGCUCGGGGGACCGGCCGCGCACGUUUGUGGGCGUCCACGUGCGCCGUGGGGACUACCUCCAGGUGAUGCCUCAGCGCUGGAAGGGCGUGGUGGCCAACAGCGCCUACCUCCGGGAGGCCAUGGACUGGUUCCGGGCACGGCAUGAAGCCCCGGUGUUUGUGGUCACCAGCAACGGCAUGGAGUGGUGUAGAGAAAACAUCGACACCUCGAAGGGCGAUGUGAUGUUUGCUGGCGACGGACAGGAGGCUUCCCCGUGGAAAGACUUUGCCCUGCUCACGCAGUGCAACCACACCAUCAUGACCAUCGGCACCUUCGGCUUCUGGGCUGCCUACCUGGCUGGCGGAGACACUGUCUACCUGGCCAACUUCACCCUGCCAGACUCUGAGUUCCUGAAGAUCUUCAAGCCCGAGGCCGCCUUCCUGCCCGAGUGGGUGGGCAUUAACGCAGACCUGUCUCCACUCUGGACACGGGCUGAGCCUUGAGAGCUGGGGAGACUUUCCGGAAUAGCCUGAUCUCUCUAGAGCCAGCAGCAGUCUGUGGCUCCAGAAGCCUGGCAUCUUCUGGAGAAGCUUGUGGCGUUCCUGAAGCCAAUGGGCACCCUUUUCCAGAGCGAUUCUAGUUGGGAGAGUUGGAGAGAAGGGGGACCUUUCUGGAACUGUCUGAACAUCUAGAACCAGCAAAAUGUCUUUUUCUGAUGGCUGGCAGGCAGUUCUAGAAGCCACAGUGCCCACCUGCUUUUCCCAGCCCAUAUCUCGAGUAGUUCCAGAUGGCCGUGCCCAGGAAUAGAAAACUCUCCCUCUGCUCUUUUCUAUAAAAGGUUUACUGCUCCCCUGUGUCCUCAGAAGACUGAGGGAACACAUGGUUGGUCCAGAGCAAGCAUUCAGCAAGUCCCGUUCUGUGUUUCUGGAGUGAUUCUAGAAGGCGACUUGUUCUAGAGAGGGCCAGGUUCGAUGCCUUUGAAGAACCCUGCAGGGCCCUUCUGGAGGGGAUGGCGUUCUGGAAAUCCAGAUAACUAAGGUGAAGAAUCUUUUUGUUUUUUUGUUUUUGGAGACAGGGUCUUGCUCUAUUGCCCAGGUUGGAGUCUGGAGUACAG